AUGGCGUAUGACCUAGGGAAUGCAUAUAUGCCUCCCCCACGUGGCUAUACAAUUCAGAGAGCACAAUCACCAGCAGUCCAGGUAGCAGAUCAACGAGGUUAUACCGCCAUAGCCUCAGCGCACAACAACUAUCUCGAGCAAGAGCAUGGCACACAGGCCGUCUCGAUAGCAGACAAGCCAGCACAAAGGAGCCGAGGGAGGACAGGCAGAACGGGAAGAGAAGAGUCAGCAUUGCAGGCAGCACCUCGCAGACGUCUGCUCGACCAGCCUUCGCCUGGAGAGAAUCCAAUGGCUCAGGACAACGCCUUUCCCGUUUUUCCCACGAAGCGCUCUGUUGCUGCUGCUACCGCUGCCCCUUCCCAACCUACGCGCCCACCACGAGAGGAUCCCAGACCGCCACGAGACGCCUCUAGACCACCACGAGAGGAUCCUAGACCACCCCGAGACGCCUCUAGACCGCCGCAAGAUGUCUACACUCAAUUCGCGAGACCACCACGGGAGGCCUCUAGACCACCACAUGAUGCCUCUACCCAACCCAUGAGGCCACCACGGGACGCCUCUAGACCGCGCAAUGCCCAACCUACCAACAACCCCAAUCUGAACCCCAUCAGACCACCCGAUCAUCUUUACUCAUCCGCCAACUCGACUCAAAGACCUUCAACAGCCGACGCGCCACGCCCUCCACCACACUCGCGCGCUCAGGGCCUUCCGAACCCUCUGCCACACUUUCGUUCCCAAGACUCGGUCCAUCCUCUUCCGCAACCCUCGUCCCAGUCGCAUCAUCAACCUCAGACUCGUCCGCAAGAGCCGCUCCACUCCCACUAUCCACCGCAGUCGCGUCCACAAGACCCUUCGCAGCCGUACCAUGAAGCCCAGUCCCGUCAACAAGACCAAAGAUCUGUCAGGCAGCACGCUCGUCCAGACCCUCGAGACCAGCGCGAUCCAUAUCGCAGUCCUCCGCAGCAGGCCCAGCCACAACUUGCUCCACUACCCACUUUCAGUCCGCCCUACUCUACCUCGUCUCGCCCGUCGACGAGCGACUCUGCCAAUGCUCGUGAACGGCCCUUCCUGCCACCUCUCGACACUCAAGUCGUUGGCGAUCCCCGUACUCUGGAGUCUCCCCUGCUAAGCAGCGUGACCGCACGCCAUCGACCAGCCAUCGUUCCCAUGACCCACGCUCCCUACGAAGCACGCAUAUCGCAAGCAGCUCACCUCUCCAACGCCUCUGCCUAUCAGGACGACCUCGCUCACCCUCAACAGCCUUGGAACCAUCCCUCCGACAAGCACGAGAGCUUAGCUGGCCUCUACGAUGACUACUAUCAGGACCCACCGCGGCCCAUGAAUCGGGAGGAUGAGAUAGAAGCCGCCAUGCCCGACUUCGACACGUCUUCUGCACACAAGCGUCAGCCCACCAUCGACGAACAUCUCGCCAGCGUGCGUUUGAACAAUCCUGUCAACCAUCCACAAUCUCGCUCUGGCUAUCAAACUGCCUCCAGCAAGCUGAACUCUGCCAAAUCUCAACCAGAUCUGCGUCAACGGACUCCCGUUCAGGACGAGGCGAGCGCUUUUGACUUCGGCUUCCAAGGCCAGCAAUUUACUCAGUCGCCCGAGCCCCAUCAUCCCACCCGUCUACCGCAGCAUCCUGCACAAAAUCUGUACCACAAUACACAACCACAUCGAGAGCAGCAGCGAGCCCGAGAUCCAGAAAAUCAAUUCUCUGUUCCGACCAGGCACCCUCAACCCCCGCAGCACGACUACACAUAUCGCGAACAACAUCCUGCGCCUACGCGUAACCAGCCGCAACCUCCACAGCAUGACUACGGAUACAAUGGCCAACUUUCUAUGCCCGAGCCGCAGAUUGACCGUCACCACAAUCAAGGCUAUGAUGUACGUGCAGAUCACUCAGGAAGACCACUGAGAGGGUACGAUCAGAGCUACAGCAAUCAGAACCAUAUGAUGCCUCCGCCAGACCAACAACGAAGCCAGAGCUAUGAUGAGCCUAGUCCUGGGCUACCGAGACCAAUUCAGCAGCAAAGGGCCUUCACCUCUGAUGACCAAGCUCCCUAUCACGGACAGCCGUCCAACGGCCGGCCUCCUAUACAACAGGGUAGAUCCAUGCCAAAUCACGCUAUGCAACGCGGACCCAUACCAAAUGCAAACAUGUCCAACCCAGACUCCAGCGAAUACAUGCCUCGGGGACCACCCGGACGGGGUCCCAUGCCACACAAUCCAGGCUCAAUGGGCGUAAUGCCUCCAGGGUCUUUGCCGAAUGGCCAAGCUCGCCGUGGUCCGCCCGUGAGACCCCCGCCCCCGGGUUCAAUGCCUCCGAGUUCCUUGCCUCCUGGUCCUAUGCCACCCGGCUCAAUGCCUCACAGUGCAAUGCAUUCUGGCCCUAUGCAUCCUGUGGCCAUGGAUGUCAGAUCUCAGUCUAGAGGUCCACAAUCUAGAAGACUAAUGCCUGGGCCCCAUGAUCACAGAAAUGGGAUGCCAGCGGACGCUAGAUUCCCUCCGCAGCGCCAGACUUCCGGUGACAGGGCUCCAAGUGCGCCCGCAGCUGCAAACGGGUUUGUCCCUCCUCUUUCCAGACAAGCCGAGCAUGGCUACGGACUCGACAAUACAAUGGGUGGAAGGGCACCCAACCCACGCUUUGCUGUGGAUGAAAGGUCGCCAAGUGCACCCGCGAUCCAAAGUGGCUUUGCUCCGCCGAUGUCGACUGAUCGUCCAUUUGGCGCACCUCUUACUACACAACGGUCAGCUGCUCAAACGAUGCCGGGCGCACCGCAGUAUAGUCGUAACCAGAACAUCAAUCCCGACGCACUUCCGAGCCACCCGGUGCCUGUGCGGCCUGGUCUGCAGAACGAGUCAUCGGCACAGCCGCCCAAGCCUAUACCCGUGCGCAACUAUGCCAACAAUGUGGAUGCGUCCUCAAGCAGUAGGCCUCAAUCACAGCCCAACUCUCAUACGGAAGACGUCAUCGUCGAUUCUGGACCAGUGACAAAGAGCGAAAUUGACAUCUUGCGCUCAAAGGCUGAUGCGAAUCCCAAUGACAUGAAGACCUCGAUGAUUUUGGUUAAGAAACUGGUCGAAGCUUCGACUGUGCUAGCCUCCGAGAACGGCCGUCUGGACGCAAAGUCAGCCGCGAAGAACAGCGAACGCUAUGUGCUUGAGGCCCACAAGCGUGUCAAGAAGCUUGUUGCUGCCAACUACCCAGAAGCAAUGUUCUAUCUCGCAGACUGCCACGGGUCUGGAGAUCUCGGCCUCGAGCCUGACCCGAAGCAGGCCUUCUCGCUCUACCAAGGCGCGGCGAAGGCUGGGCAUGGAGCUGCAGCCUACCGAACGGCCAUGUGCUGUGAAAUGGGAGCUGAAGAAGGAGGUGGAACCAAGCGGGACUAUCACAAAGCUGUGCAGUGGUACCAACGUGCUGCCCAACUUCAGGACGUAGCUGCGAUGUACAAGAUGGGUAUGAUAUUACUCAGAGGCUUGCUUGGCCAGCAAAGGAACGUAGGACAAUCAGUGGUAUACUUGAAACGAGCUGCUGAUAACGCCGAUACCAAUAACCCUCAUGCCAUUCAUGAACUUGCUCGUCUUCAUGAAGAAGGCAAUCCCGAUCCCGCUAUUAGCGCAGCUGUGAAGCCGGAUGAGAAGUAUGCACAAAAGAUGUACAUGCAAGCAGCCAAGAUGGGAUACAAGCAGUCGCAAUUCAGACUUGGUCAAGCCUUCGAGUAUGGAUCGUUGGGUCUACCGGUCGAUUCGCGAAACUCCAUCGCAUGGUAUUCAAAGGCUGCCGCUCAGGGUGAGCAUAACUCCGAAUUGGCACUCUCUGGCUGGUAUCUCACCGGUGCAGAAGGUAUUCUGAAUCAAUCAGAUACAGAAGCAUAUCUCUGGGCACGCAAAGCCGCCAUGAGUGAGCCUCCGCUUGCAAAGGCCAUGUAUGCUUUGGGCUACUACAUCGAGAACGGCAUCGGCUGUCCUGCCAGUCUCGAGGAAGGCAGGAGAUGGUACACGAGAGCCGCAUCGUACAAGUUUCCAAAGGCGGUUGAGAGACUCGAGGAGAUCCGCAAAGGCAAAGUGGCCAGACCGCAGCCUAACCAAGGCCUGACUAGAAGCAACCAAAAGAGAGAUGAAGCCGAAUGUAUCGUCAUGUGA